AUGUACUCCACGAAAAAAUUAUUAAAAAAUCUGAAGGGUAUUAUAGAGAGUCUUGAAAAAGGUACCUUUUUAGUUUUGAUUUGGAAGUUGGUUAGUGGAGUAUUAUUUAUAUGAAAAAUAAACCAAACUAUCUUAUACAAAACGCCAACAAAAUGGAAAAAAAAUAUCAGCUACAACGUAUACUGCUCCUAUAAAGUAGUAACACUGAACUGAUAAAAAGGAUAAAUAAUUGUUUGCAUCUUCAUACUUUAGACAUCAGAUUCACAUUAUUCAAUUAAUUUUCCCAAAAUGAAUUGCCUUCAGAAUCUUCCCAGAUCUUCUGGUUUACCACUGAGAAGUUUCACAGGCAAUUCAAGAAAGCUGAAUCCAACAGUUGUUUCAUUGGGGAUGACAAAAUUUGCUGAUCAGCGUCUAAGUAUUGUAGCACAGGUAGUAUCUGGUCCUGAAUCUAGUACAGCAAAGGACGACACAGAGAAGGAUGUGGGAAAAUCUGAUACAUACAGUCAUGACAUGACUGCAGCUAUGGGAGCUGUUUUAACCUAUAGGCAUGAGUUAGGAAUGAACUACAACUUCAUCCGUCCAGAUUUGAUUGUUGGGUCAUGUCUACAGACUCCUGAGGAUGUGGACAAGCUUCGCAGCAUUGGAGUAAAAACUAUUUUUUGCUUGCAACAAAAUCCAGAUCUUGAAUAUUUCGGGGUUGAUAUCAAUGCAAUUCGUGAAUAUGCCAACGAAUGUGGUGAUAUCGAACACUUGCGUGCAGAAAUAAGGGAUUUUGAUGCAUUUGAUUUGAGGUUGCGGCUUCCAGCUGUAAUAAGCAUACUAAACAACGCCAUCAAUAGAAAUGGGGGCGUGACUUAUAUACACUGCACAGCUGGACUUGGCAGAGCUCCCGCAGUUGCGUUGUCAUAUAUGUUCUGGGUUCAAGGCUAUAAGCUCGGUGAAGCUUUCGACCUACUCAUGAGCAAACGCUCCUGCUUUCCAAAACUUGAUGCCAUCAAAAGUGCCACAGCAGAUAUCCUUACAGGCCUUAAAAAGAUGCCUGUCACGUUGACAUGGCAUGGUGAUGAUUGUACUACAGUGGAAUUAUCUGGACUUGAUAUUGGUUGGGGCCAGAGAAUACCCUUGAAGUUUGACGAGAAACAAGGUUUGUGGACUCUCCAGAGGGAUUUGCCUGAAGGACGCUAUGAAUACAAGUACAUUGUUGAUGGUGAAUGGAUAUGCAGUGGGUUUGAGCCGGUCACUUCUCCCAACAAAGAUGGACAUGUCAACAACUAUGUAGAGGUUCUUGACGAAAAUUCAGACUUCACUAAUGCAGCAGUACGGAAGAAGCUCACCAGUGAUGACCCUGAUCUUACAUCAAGCGAAAGGCUCAUAAUCGGGCAAUUUCUCGAAGCUUAUGCAGAUGUAGUAUGAAGUGGAUGCACAACACACUUUUAGUACUUACUACUAUACACUUAAUAAUUGUAAACAAAGCCAAUAAUCUGCUAUAACUCAAGCAGUGUAAUUAAGUUCUAGCUGUUUGUAGUAUCAAUAAGAGUUACACUGGUUUUUUUUGGGGGGGGUUCCCACCUGCCUGGUGUCCGGUGCCCGCAUUGGAGCCCCGACUAAUCUGGAUCGCGUAAUACAAGGUCCAUUCUGGGGGUAGUGCUCCCGACAGGAUUUUCUUCAUAUUCAGGUUCGAAUCCGAGACCUCUGGUUAAAGAUAAAACAGUCCCACUACAACUCAUGUUGGUGGAAUGAACACUGGUUUUCUUUUUGUCCA